UACGCAUGUCGUUUUCGGUUAAAUAAGCGGAAUAAACCGUUUACCAACUUGACCUCAAAAUUUAAAGCGAUAAAACGAAGUGGCUAUAUUGCCUCAAUCAUUAAAAACAAAAAUAUUAAUAUGGCUAGUAGGCUAAAGCGAUCACUUUAUGGAUUAUUCUUUUGGUUGAAAACUUUCAGAAUUAUAAAUUAUAUUUAAGCCAAGGAGAAGCGCGCGUCUUAUUCUGUUGUUACUCCUUCCACUGUUUAUUUUCCAUUGCGACCGUUUCUAUGAGCAAAUUUACAUAACACCAUUUCGCUUUUUCGAACAUUAAUUUAAAUUUUAACCAUUCAGAGGUGAGGGCUUUUUGAAACUGAUGCGAAAUUCGCAGAGUCCUGGACGGUGAUUGGUACAUAACUGACACCAAAGUGUGACAAGGCAGUCUUGUAUUAAUAAAAUGACUCAAUGGAUAUUGUUCAACGCGCGCUUUUAUUAAAGUUUCUAAUUGGCAAUCACCCAAUGGAAUCAUGAAUAUUUAUGUCUGUGCAGGUGGAAAGCAGGAUGUGAGAGCUUUGUAAUAUCGCCCCACAAAUUACUUGUACUAACCUAUCCUGUGAGGGAACCGAUCUGCGCACAGCAACGAUUAGCAAAACACUGCAACACAGUGAAGCGUACAAGGGAAGUUUCUUUACCAGCGAAAAAAAGGCUGAUCAACGUCGAGAUGCGAAUAAAGAGAAAGUUUCAACAGCAGGGGAGACGGCGAACGAGAAAAAUCAUGUUAAUGCGGUGGAAACCUGAGUGAAAGAUGUCCGAAGAAACAGAAGAAAAUCUUCCAAGUCCUACAAGACGGGACCGCAUUGUGAUUAACUGCGGCGGCGUUCGACACGAAACCUUCAGGAACACUCUUCGAAAUUUCCCCGGAACAAGGCUUGCCUGGUGCAUAGAAAACGAAAAUAACAGUGCGGAGUUCUACGAUGCAGAAAGGAAUGAAUUUUUCUUCGAUCGACAUCCAGGCGUUUUCGCAGCCAUUAUAAAUUACUAUCGCACAGGCAAACUACAUAGUCCACACGACGUGUGCGGACCGCUCUUCGAAGAUGAGCUUUUGUUUUGGGCGAUCGACGAGAAGCAGAUGGAACCAUGUUGCUGGACGUAUUACACACAGCAUCGCGAAGCGCAAGAAAACUUGAAGUUUUUCGAAGCGGCGGAGAUGUCGGACGAUGAUGACGAUUGCAAUUCUGAACUUGGCGAGAUUGUAUCUGAGAAUUUUGGAGGGGAACAAUCAUGCUGGCAAAAAUACAAACCGAGGAUAUGGAACGUCUUGGAACACCAGCGAUCUUCAAAGCUAGCUAGGAUGAUGUUUAUGGUGUCACUGAUGUUUAUAAUUCUGUCUGUCCUGGCUUACUGUGUGCAAACUCUUGAGCAGGUAUCUGGGAAUACGUCAGCCCGCCUGGCCAUGGUAAUUAUCGAAGGCGUCUGCGGAAUCUGGUUUACUAUUGAGUUCACACUCAGACUAGCAACUUGCCCAAGCAAACAGGACUUUGUCAAGCAAAUAAUGAACUGGGUUGAUUUUAUUGCCAUCUGGCCAUUUUAUGUUCGUAUUUUAACGACAAAUGAUUACCCGCACGGAGAACCUCGUAUCGAAUACGAUAUCCUAGCAAUAUGCCGGUUGUUCCGCCUAUUCAGGUUUUUUAAAGUUAAUCUUGGAUUCCAGAUUCUUAAGCAAACAAUGAUCGCCAGCUCACGUGAAUUGAUGCUGCUGGUUCUGCUUCUGAUCGUACCGGUUAUUAUAUUCGCAAGCUGUGCUUAUCUGGCGGAGAAGAGAGCUAAUCCCGACGACUUUUCUUCCAUCUUGGCUUCGUUUUGGUGGGCCGUUAUCACUAUCACCACGGUGGGCUAUGGCGAUGAUGUUCCAAUAACACCCACUGGGAAAGUCUUUGGUGCGCUUUGUGCCGCGCUGUCAAUCAUCAUCACUGCGCUUCCAAUCUCUAUCAUCGGCAGUAACUUCUCACUAUACUACUCGCAUGCACAGGCGCAGAUGAAACUCCCUAAGAAAUCAAAGCGUCCCAUGGUUGGUGCUGCAAAUGCCUUGAUGUUGCAGUCCGCAAGACCAAGCGAGGACCUGACUAGUACAGAUAUGACAGAGGGAAGGCUGGAAACGAGAAAGUCGUCACCCGUUGUUAAUGGAUCUCUGGGUGGAGAUACGAAAGUACACCCAUAUCGGGGAAGGGCUAGACGAGCACGGUCCUCUUUGUACGCUGGGGGCAUGGCUCAUCGACAGUCUUUCCCAGUUCGCUCUAGAAGCAGUGAAGAAUUCAUUGCAGUUAACAGUCCACCUCUGGACGACAGAAAAAAGAGCCACACCAGUACUCAGAGUACUACGAUUGACACUCCUCCCAAAAGCCCCCCUCACUACGGGAAUACCCUAACGGUGGAUCCACCGGAGCUCUCGGAAGCUAUCACAGGAUUUAUAGAUGAACCGAUUGAACAAUCAUCACCAAAAUGCCCGCCUAUUGUUCACCGGGAGAGUGAAGAGUUCGAAAUUGAUGACAUCGACAACGUGCUCGCUUCUAUGAAACAGAAAGAGAACAAGGAACAUUUGGUAAAUGGCAAUGCGCGGCCGGGUUCUCCCUGUAGACCGGGAACACCUGGGAGACCGGGGACCCCAGUAAAGAAGAACCAUGCAGUCCGGUUUGUCAAACCAACAUUAACAGUGACUCUUAAUACAGAUAGUAGAGGAAUGGUAAAUGAAUCAUUCGAUGAGGAGGCACAAGAAGAUGAAAAUGAGAAUGAAGAGCCCAAAAAGAACGUGGAACCAAUGUCACCGGUUGAAACUAAGUACUCCAGACGUCGGACAGCACGGAGUCCGGGCCUCUCGUCAAUAAGAGACUUACAGACUCAUCGGACGUGAUAUAAAUUCAGGAUUUGGUGAAUCAGUGAUUAGUGUAUAACUGAGUCGAUAAUCGAUAAUUCUGGUAGUUGUCGGUUAGAGAGGAAUAGAAAAUGGUAUAGUCGUGGAAAGCACUAAAUGCUCUGAAAAGGGUCGAGUUCUCUUUUUUUUUUUUUGUUUCUGAGGGUCUGUUUGAUACACUAUAUAACUGAGGGUGCGUUCCUUUAGAUUGAUCUGGAUCAGUGAUCCAAGAUCACUCAGAUCAUGGUACAUCAAAUGAAUCGAUGAAUCCACUCUGGUAACGGAUUCGUCGGUUCCCUUCAUGAAACAUGAUUCGAUUGAUCUUGGGUCGUUGAUCCUGAUCCAGAUCAUCCCAAAGGAACGCACCCUAAACUUAAUUGUCGAUCUCGAUAUGGCGAAAGGCGCGAUGUAUCUUACGAACGCAGACAUGAAAGCCUGUUUUCACUGAUUCGCUAAGUCCUGUAGAAAUGUCGACUCAAUCAUUGCUUGAUACAGUCAAUGGCAAAAUUGCUGGAGUUCCAGUCUCUCGUGCCGCGUGGUGUCAGUCAUUAAAGUUUGAUCUAAACUGAGAUGGUGCACAAUACAAAACCGAGAUGGCUUGGUGAGUGUCACAAGAAAUUGUGUUGCAACUAAUUACAACAAGCAAGAGGCUGGUUUCUGGUAAGUGGGAAACAAGCUGAACCGUGCCAUUACAACACUGCAAUGGGUCGGGUUGGGGCAGCAUUGCUCAAAGGCCCUUUCUUCCUACAGCUUGAGGAAACAAUGGAAAAUGUACUCGACAGCAUGCAGCAAGGUUAACAGUCAACCAUAAAAUCUUUUUACAUCAUGAGAAGUUCAAUAUUAAUAUUAAUAAUAGUAUUAAUAUUAAUAUCGUGUAAAUAUAUCCUUGCCCUAUUUUCUGGCAAUUACUUUGAUAUGGACUGAAUAUUUUCUCAGUAGACCAACAUAAUGAAGUGAUUUUAUGUAUAUUAUUGUUAGAAAAGGCCAGAAGACUAUGGAGAAAACAGCUUCGAUUCUUUGUCUUAAAAGAAUUUGCAAAUGCACAACAAAAUCAACCAUUUGUUAACGUUCAGUGGCAUAAAUUAAGCUGGUAUCCAUAAAAAUAGUUUUUCAAUUUUAUCUUUAAUCCUUGUAUAAAUUCGCUAGUGCAAAUAAUUUCCUGUAAAGCGAAGUCCUUUACAUUGAAAGGCGGGAAAUGACUCUAGUCCUAUAACCUGAUUGGCCAAGAAACAGCACGCUUGUCGCAACUAGGAUAUCGACGGCCAGAGUAGAUCCAACAGACUUUUGCAAAGCCAAGGGAAAGAUUAUCAUUUCUUGCGAAGUUCAAUUUAAUUUACCCGAUUUCGUUUCAGAAUUUUCAACUUCAUUAGGUAAACCAAAAGUAGUUUUGAAAUUGCGGUGUGCUUCGCUUGUCAGACCAUGCAAAGCGUUUAAACUGCACAUCAUGAGAAAAAAAUAAGUUACUUCGACUUACUUCAACUUGGAAAAAAUUACAUCCAAGUUACAUUUUGUAAAUUUUGUACAAUUUGGUCUCUACGUCUAUCUUAAUUAAUUGAGAGAAUAUUUUCCUAUUGUAACAUAAACAUUACUAGUAGAGCAUAAUUGAGCGGCUUAUACUGUUGGUUUGUACGCCCGCGAGUCAUAAAAGAGAUCACUGAAAUUUCCACUAUGAGAACCCGGCGUAGACUCCCAUUUAAAAAGGACGGAGGUGCUCUUCGUACCAUUUAGGGGUUAAAAAAGCGGUUUUAGUACCUCUCUGGGGAGUCAGCCUCAAAAGGUCCACAGGUGGAUCUU